AUGUCCAGUACAACAUCAGAAAAAUUGAAUGAUGCGGAUGCCUUUGGGAAAGCAGCCUGUCGAGGGCCCUGCGCCAGUGAGAGUGGUAAUCCCCAGUGAGGUAUUAAUACCAUGCAUGCACGCGAUUAAUGACUCACAAUAUCGCGACUUUGAAGAUGAAUUUGUGGUAUAGGUGUGAUUAUGUUCAUUAUCGGCGAAACAAAAUGGAGCAACAUGCAUGUGUAAACUAAUUUGGGGAAGAGAACCUGAAAGAGAGGAUGCUAAGACAGCGACAGGAUAGCAGUUUUGCAUUUUAUAUUCAUGUUUAUACUUGUAAAUACGGAUGCUUUCGUCCUGUAUACAGAUUAAUUAAUAAUAAUAGAAGGAGGCUUGAGAAGGAAUUCGCCUUUAGAAUAUAACGCGAUUUUGGAUUGUGCCAUUCGGGGUAAGUGCUUGAAUGACUUGUCAGCAAAUGCCAAAUGUAGACAUUUUGUUUGAACAAACGUUAAUUUGACUUGCAGAUAAUCCGUUUGAACAUCUCACAGCUAGCAACUGGCAAAGGAUUGACACUGAUACCAUAGAAAAUACUGAUAGGUUAAUAGCAACUGAUGUGAGAGAUGCCAUUGUUUUUCUAUACCAUGAAGUGUUCUUAACAUUAUUUUAUCGUUCCAGGUUACCGUUGUGAACAAUGCCACAAAGUGUAUCGGUCUAGUCUUUCAAGGCACAGGCGCAAAGAGCACGGGUCAGUAUAGCCAAUGGAGGCCAAAAUAAAAGGGAUUCUGGUGAGUUAGUGAAAUAGUCAUCAAACUGUGAGUUGACUGAAUUAAACUGAAAUGUAUCUUUCAUUUUUUCCAAAUGAGACACGCGAGCAAACGACAAAUAAGCGCACAAGAGUGGACCAAACUGGAGAUGCUCCUUCUCGUGAAGGACCGCAAAAUCACGAAGGACCGCAAAAUCACGAAGAACAACAACAGCCAGAGGAACUCCCUAAUCAACACCGAUGUAACAUAAAGGCCGAGGAUCAUCUUCAUGAAAGGCACUAUGUUUACAAUAUUAAUUAG